UGAAAACUGUCAACAUCAUCAAUAAUUGUCAAAAUAAAACUUGAACAAUAUUACAAAAUUUGUGUGUGUUUGUUUUGAAAAACUCAACUUUCUUAAAUUUGUUUGGUAAAUCUUCAAAAUAAAUCGAAAAUGUUCCGAAGAAAAUCAAAGUUGGAUGGUAAUCCACCAAAACCACCGACAAAGACCGAGAUUUUAGAGGAUUUGGAAACAUUUAACACGAAUCACAUGAAUCGAACACGUCGAAAAGACAGCAAUUUUUUGGGGGAACUUUCAACAUUUGACGCUUCUAAAAGUGUUUUGGAUUCAACGAAAAUCACGAAACGCGAUCGCAAGGAGUCGGGGAGUGAACAACAAUUGGAAGAAUGGUGGGACAAAUUUGAAAAAUUUCUCGAUGACAUCGAAAAACUGGAAACAUACCAAAAACAAUUUGAGACGAAAAAAAUGAAUUUGGCAAAAUUGGAUGAAACCAUUGGUUUGAUGGCUGAUGAUAUUCAAACGAGAAUUAACGACAGUUUGGGAAAAGCAUUGGCCGAAAUACCGGACACUGAUGAUCAUGAUCUCAAAUAAAUCUCAAUUUAAAAAAAGAAGAAGAAAAAAACACCAUUUUUAGUUUAUAAGAAUCGAAUAGCGUUUUAUUGAAUAUUGUAUACAAAUUCCAGAAAAAAUGUGUCAAAUUAAACCAUUGAAAUGCUAGCUUAAAAUUAAAA